AUGAAUAAUUUGAAUUUUCUCCGUGAAGAGCCACCAUUAAAUUGGCUCGAUUAUUUUGUUGAUCGAAAGAAAUUCGGAAAAUUUUUGGAAUCCGAAAGAUCAGAUCCCAAGCAGCUAUCUGCAUUGGCAAAUCAGUUCACAGAUCAAGCCGUAUUGAUUGAUAAGGAAUGUGAUAUGUUGAUACGAAAAGAGUAUGACGAAGAAGAUUUAGCAUAUAAUAGAUAUAAAUCAGCUCAGUUAUGGAUUUGUGCUUUAUCAUGCUUCGCAUCAAUCAAUUGGAAUCUGGACCUUAUGAAACAAUGCUGUAAUAUCUUAUCUAUGAAAGCCCUUAUGAAUCGACUUGUGGCAUUUUGUUAUCCGGCAAAAAUCAUAAGUUCGAGUGAAGACGUGUUGCCGGUGUUGACAGAAGUUCAUACAGAAUCAAAAGUUGAAUUUGAGAAACCGGAACAGCUUUUCGCAUGUUGGUUAUAUGCCACGUGGUUGCUUGAAGUAGAUGUUGAUGGGCGCUUUCCAGAAAAUGUUGCAAAACCAACUGUCAGCAAUCCACUGAACCAAUUUGAUGCAAAUCUCAUGCAGGCGGAGCAGUUCAAAAAUUGUAUUGCUGAGUUACGAAGAAGCGUUGAAGUUGCUGAAAAGUUAUUGAAAACACUGUUAGAAAGUAGUCGUAAAGUCCAUAUGAUUGUGCCCGCAAAAGAUUGCUUCUUGGAAGCUUUAUCAAAGGAACCAAAUUUAAUUACUGAUAGUGUUUUAAACUUGGGAAACAUAUGCACCAAUUCGGUUCCAGUCCUUAAUUUCGAAACAUCAAAUGUACGAUUGGAUCACAAUUUCUGGACGUUGACGGUCCGGUAUUCAUUGAUGUGCAAUCAUUUUGCUGCUGGUAAAGUCCAAGAAACAAGGAGUGAUUUAGAAGAGAUUGUGAAAAAUUGGCCCAAACGUAAGAAAGGAUUAAUGGACAAUGUUGUACUUGGUAUAAACGAAAGUGAUUUGACCGGUUACUGUAAUGCCGUAGGCAUCACGCAUUCGUAUUGUUUUUCCACUCCACUUUCCCAUAAUGAAUUAAUGUUUGCAGCAGUCACUGAAAAGACGUUAGAUACUUUGGAUAAUUAUUCAUUGGUACAUCGGUCGGAAUGCCAGAGGAUUGCUUGUACAUCAGAGUCUGCCCUCGUAGAUGAUAUUUUGGCCGAAAAUACUGUUUUGGAAUAUUGCAACGACUUGCCGGCUACUUUAAACACAUUAACGAAACUGGCAGCAAAAAAACCAGCUGUUUCUCGUUUGAUUACGGUUUGUUUGCGUUUGGUGAAGAAAGGAGCAAAAGCACAAGUAAUGAAGGAAGUGAUACAGUUUCUAUCCACCAAAAUACCGAAUUUCGCUGAAGAAUUAAAAAAUGCAAAUCCCGACUGUGGUAAAGAAUAUCUCCGAAAUUUUAGAGACAUUUCGCGACGGCCAAUAAAUCCUUUGCCAAAUGCUGCUGCUAUUAAAGAGCUUUUAAAUGGUGGCAUGGAUAUUUGGCGCCUAAUUAUUUCAUUUGAUAUGAACGAAAUUAAAUCCUUAUUUGCUAAGAUGACUGGAAAAAUAAGUGUUCCACGUCGUUUUCGAAUUAGCAGAAUGAUUGGUGAUGUUAUGUCAGCUGCCGCUUCGCAAGGGAAUUUUGAACACAUCAACUUGAUGUUAGGUAAAUUGGAACAGCUAGCAGUCAUUGGGGAUGGAACUCAGUGGCGUACAUUUUGCAAUGACUGUGUGAAAGAAAUGGGUCCACUAGGAAAAAUUCAGGAAAUACAAGUUCGAUUUGCUUUUGAUGCUGUUCGAGUUCAGCUGGAAUGUUGGCAUGCACGAUUCUCGAGAGUAUCGAACAAUGCUCAGUUCGUCCACGUUACCCAGGCAUUGAACUCGACGGUGAAAGCAUUGAUACAAUCAUCCAUGACAAGUCCCGUAACAAUGGGAAAAAUGAUGCUCCAUACAGUCACAUUCUUCAUCAAUACUAGCGAAUGGGAUUUUCUGUUGCGCUCUUUUGUAAAAUUGAAAAGUCCGUUUUUGGAUGCAGCCAAAAUGAUUGCUGCUUAUAUGACAAGCACCGAUCCGACAGUUGCUCGGCAAAUUGUUGAAGGUCCAUGGUGGCAUGUUAUGAAUUCAACCUUCCAAGAGCUUCCGUUGAACAGUAAACGACGAAACGAUGGAUCGCUGGUUCGUGAGCAAACGAAGCAACUGCUGACAAGAACACAAUUCCUAGAUAUGUUGCGACUUAUCAAAGAAUAUCGAACUAUAUCUUUCCUAAUUAGCUUUCUUGGUAAAAUGUUUGGCGCAUCUGGAAAUGUAUCGAAAAUGAGGAAUGAAUGUGAUGGAUUAUCAUCAGGACAGGACAUUAAUAAAAAUAUAUUCGUUGAGCAUCCCGACUAUUGGCAGUCUAGCUUCGAAAAGAAAGGAUCUGAUGAUGAAUUAUGUUUCAAUCUGCCUUUUUUAACUGAAUGUCUCGAUAUGGUAUUCAAAAAUGCGCUAAUUGUCAAUCCGAUAAAUGCAUUCUGGUUACGAUCCUAUGCUGAUUUUUGCUACGCUUGUGAUAAAUUUUCCGAUGCUUUGGUUCUUUACAUGGAAGCAUGUGUGGCUUGCAGUGAUUCUUUGAUGAGACCUCUUCCUGAUAAUGUUGUUGAUGAUGUGAUGUGGCUCAAAGUUCAACGAUGUUUGCGUAUGGGUGGUGCUGAAACUUUAAGUGUCUUGAUUUGUCAGCUCAUGCGUAAUCCUACUGAACGUUACGUUCCAACAGCAUCUUCUCUGCUGGAGACUCAUGGUGAUACACUUGAUGCUUGUACGGCCUAUUUCCCACUUAUUAGUGAUAUCAAUUUGGCUGAAUUCAUGAGUGAUGUGUACGAAAAGCUUCACCUUCACAAAAAAGAGCAGCUAUUGUUGCGAGCAAUUUCGGUACCAGAGAUAAAUUCUCACAAUGUGAGCCAACUUGAAAGGUUUCGGAGACGUGAACGAUUUUUACUUGUUCUUUGUGCACAUGUAUUCAGGAUACAUUUUUGAUUUUGAUUUUGUGUUUGGUGUUCCUUGGUAUAAAUGGGCUUUAGUAGAUGAAGCAAUAUUUCCCUCUAGAAAAAGAGUUGGAAGUAGACAAGGAGAUAUUUCGAAGACUUGAUUUAGUUCUUCGAAUUAAUAUGGAUAUUAG